AUGAUCGACAAACUCCAAUGCCAAACUCACACCCGCACCCCCUGGGGCCAAAACCCUCACCGCUACGACUACCGCAUCCGCUACCUCGUCAUGGGCCUCCUCUGCGCCUCCGUCCUCGCCGUCUUCAUCGUCUUCAUCGUCAGCCUCGUCUUCAUCGGCGAUCGAGCAAUCAAGAACUACCAGCUCGCGCCUCCCGACGAUGGUCCCACGACAGUAGUUGAGCCUCCACCGACGACAAAUGCAACUAAUGCGAAUACUACGACAAAUAAUUCACCGUACAACAAGAGUGGCAGGGUUACAUGA